AUGUCGAAUAUAUCGCCAGGACAGCAGUCCAAACAGAAAUUUUCCAUUGGUGCGCCCUGACUCUUCCACCCACGAAAAACCGUCAUUCCAGGAAACGAAACGCCGGAGCCGCCAAAGAAUCCAGGUCCGGUCGGCCGUGGCCCAUUCAGCUCGGACCCGCUUGCCCAACUCUUCAACAAUUGCUCGGAGGAAACCCCGCGUGAGUGAAGUUCAAUUUUGCAAAAUAGGAAGAAGGAAAUGACGUAGAUCAACCCGGGGGACGCGACGGGGGUCGGAUGCUGUGAUAGCAUCAGCACAGUGUCAAUAAAUUAAAGAGAGCAAAAAAUUGCUUGUCGACCAGAGAAUGUGUUCUGAAUGUGAGGUAUAAUUGAACAUUUCAGUAAUUAUGCCGGUCCCUGCAAGCGCGAGGACCUCGGAGAGCGCGGAGAACUCGGAGGGACCAGGAACUGUAAAUAGACCAAGCGCCGAUCUGACGGUUUCAUCCAAUAACUCCAACAACAACGACGGACACCAUCUGGUCGUUGAAGUGUUCACCAUAAACGAUGACUACAAAACGUGGCGCCAAGCGUCUCGAUUUGCACGUUACGUGGAGGAUUUCGAAGGAUAUGACAACCAUCUCGGAAAAGCGCACGUACCGCUUUUCUCUAUGGGAACGUAUCAUGCUCUGCAGAAGGUCACGUCAAAGAGCAUCCUUUUGACUGAUGUCUCGUACGAAUCAUACGACGAAUUCACCACGUUUCUGGAGAGCAACGUGGUCGACGGAGACGUUCCGAAUCUAGGCAUGGCAGUGACAAAGUUGCUUCGCAACCGCAUCUCCACCCUGGAGAAGUCGAGGCCACUGAAUAAAGUACACAGCUCGUCGACUCAAUCUCUCAACCAUUCUCCUCCGAACGGAAGAGUGAACCCGACACAAGGUGAGCAACAACAAUUACCGGUAAUCAUGAAGCAUUCAGGUGGGAUACCACGCUCUCUGCUCUCGGCGCCCAACAAUUUGGCCAGCUUGACAUCUCACAAAAGACUGCCCACAUCGGUGUCCGGACUCCGCUUCAAAGGCUCGUUCUUACAGUAUGUUAGGUCGCUCAGACACAGUUUGCAGUAACAUUUUCUAGUUCGACCUCACAAGCGCACUCUUUUCAUCCUCUGGAGCCGGUCCUUUGUGACGAGGAUAGUGAGAUCUGCAUGCUGGUCACUGGGGUCAAUCUGGACAUUAAUGUGUGCCGGCUCAUCGUUGUUCGCUUCACCGAACCCACUUCCAUUCCAGAGGCACAAAAAAGAGUAUAUGGACAGUUUCAGAACUGAAUUUAUUUCAGGUGUUCCCUCAUACGACCAACAUCCGUCACAUCUUCUUCCUGAUCGGCCCCAAACUGGAGGACAUGGAAUAUCUGGAUAUGGGCCGCGCUCUCGCGGCCGUUGCCUCCAAUCCGGUUAGUUUGAAUUCAAUGAACGAACAAUGCGUAGGUAGAGUGCAAAAAGUGCAAACGCAAGCGUAUUUUUCAAAAGAGACACACGUACACUUGUUCGAAAUCCGAUGAGAGCGCGGAAAUAAAAAUAAAAUGGGAGAGAUUGAACAACUAUGAGACCUCGUACUGCGCCAUAUAGUUUUGAAUCGAACAUUUUUAGGCAGGAAGUUGCGUGAGGUAAUAAUAAUUAUCAUAUUUGCGAACAUCUAGUCAGGGUUUCACAACAAGUGUCAUCAAUCUUCGUUGUGAUGAAAACAAGCAGAGAUUCUGCAUGUUGUCAUCAAUCUUUUCGGCUUCUUAACUCUGUCUAUGCCGUCCUUAUGUACACUCUAGUAGAAAACAGACGAUUCUUAUAAAGGUCAUCAAACAGAUACCACCGUCAUGAUCUUUGAAAGGUACGGUAAUCUUGAUAACGGGGUCAACAUGGGCUAUGUUUACGCAAUCCCGAUGGUCUUUUUUUCCGUUUUCUGGACGUCUUCAUUCCCUAAAAAAAGAAUCCAAUAAAAAUGUUGUCAUGGCCUCUUUAAUUGGAUGGGUUUCAGAACUUCUUCUCUGUCUUCGAAAAGCUCAGGUCAUCGGAGAGCAUCACACGAGCCAUCGAACGGUAAGUCAGAAGUGACGUCGUACAUAAAAUUAAGAUGAAAGGGAGAGAUCUCUGCUAAAACUGGCCUUAGAAAGUUCUUACUAACGUAUGUGGCAUGCCAUAUCUCCUUUUUUCUCCCUGUUGCACGUGAACAGUUCAUAGAUUAACAAGUUUUGGCUUGUUCGCCUCUCAAGCACCAUUUUGAUCUUUUUUCUUCCAUUUACGAUGAUUUUUGCGCAAUCUUCCUCCACCAACCUUUGAAAAUCAUCUCCCAUCCCAAAAGAUCACUGUCGAUGACGUCGCUGCUUGUCGCGGUGAUUUGGAUAAGCCGAAAAAAGUCGGUGAACGCUUCUUGAUUAUCAAAAAUUCUGCAUCCCCAUCGUUCUCUUAAAAUUUGCAUUGAAACGAAAUUCGUUUCGGUUUUUUCAUCUCUCAAUGAGCAUCCUAUUGUUUUGCAAAUUUCCGUCAUCCCAUUGAUCAUUCCUUUUAGCGUCAUAUUCUGAAAAUCGUGUGAAAAACACUAGAUAGCUUUUAAAAUGCCAUUCAUUUCAAAAUACACCAUGUAAUCCCAACUCAAACUGAAUUUUUCCAAAAUCGUGCCUUUUUGUAAUGUUGAAUUCGCAAAAUACGCUUUCCGGUUUGAACUAGCUAAUUUCAAUGAGAAAACAAUUUUCCGAGUAACAAUUCUGAAAAACCGGACAUCUUUUUCAAUUGGUCUUCUACAAACAAAACUUUCUUCAAGAGUAUUAGAUUCCAUAAACUUUUAUACAAGCUAAGUACUUUGAGAUAAUUUCAGUUUUCUCGCUGGAACGGUGGUCAUCGCCCCGGGUCGCAUCACUAACAAGAACGUCGUGACCGGCGAGUUGGUCCGAAAAAUGGUGAACAUUGAGGCGGAAAAGCAGGAGAAGAACGCGAUUCCGCACCGCGGUAAGUUCUCUUUCGUCUACCGUUCGAAGUUUCCGGGGGGACGCUCAAGCGACAAACAGAAACUCACUAUUUGACCUUUUGUACGUAUGUAUACACGUGCAAAUAUAUGUGAAGCUUGAGACCACCCACCGAGUCACUCGAAACUUUUUCCUGUUUUGGAGGAUAUAUACAAACGUUUUCGCGUGCGUAUCGUAUCAUCUUCACAGAAGUUUCGCCUUCUUCUUUUCGGUGGUGUGCGUUACGUGGUCUUGGUUGACUGCUUACUGAAAUUGUCCUCCUCUCGAUGUGUUUGAUUGUAAUUGUCGGAAUCACUGAAAUUUAUCCGGAUUGAAUUGAACAAACAGAACGGACACAAAAUUCUAUAAUAUUUUAUUCAACUCUAGCCUAAAAACGUGUAAACUAUGCUAUCUCAAUCUGAUAAAGGUUUGAAGUUGAAAAGAGAUCAUAAUUUAAAUUCGCUAUAUUAACCUGGAGUUUCAGUUCAUGCUCAACGCGUGGAUAUUGAACGAAAUGCUCCGAAAGAUCCGGAAGAGGAAGAGCCGUCUACCGGAAUGUUCCUGUUCUCUGGAGUUCGUAAGGAUCUCAAGAACCGCUGGAAAUACUAUUGGUAUCAGCAUACAAAUCAUUAUAAUUCUAGAAAUAUCUCAUUUUCAGGUCGGACUAUUGCGACGGACUAACUUGGUCUAUUGUAACAGUCAUCGCUUACAUGUUCUGUGUCACUGUGGUCCCGACGCUCACGUUUGGAGCUAUUCUCUGUACGUUAAUUCUCAAUGUUACUCCUUCUAAACCAAAUUUGAUUUUCAGCGAUGGGUACAAAUGGUAUACUGGCGGUCAAAGAGUGCCUCAUAGCUCAAGCCAUUUGCGGAUUCAUCUGGUCAUUCUUGUCUUGCCAACCACUGCUCAUUAUGUCUCCGACCGGUCCAUUUUUGGUGUUCGAGAAAGCUCUUUUCCAGGUUGUUUGUUGAUUUUGAGCUCUGAACCUAUUUUCUUUUUUCAGUUUUGUCACUCGAAUCAUCUUGAUUUCCUGGAAGUCCGACUCUACACGGGUUUCUUCUUGCUCUUUAUUUCAUCAAUUGGGUCGGCAUUUAACAUUGCUCGUCUUAUUAAGUACGUGACUUUGUACACUGAGGACAUUUUUUGCGCUCUCAUCUCUUUGAUCUUUUUCUUCGAAGUCUUCGAGUUUCUGGAAGUUGUAAGUUUGGAUAAUGAGGAAGGAUGGGGGGAAUAAACAAUUUUUUACAGCAACACCAUCACAACGCAAUCAAAGGACUCGACUAUUACUUGAACAAUAAUUGCACUGAUACGGAUUCUGGUAUGAGAAAAUGUCAUAAACUCAAGAUAUUGAUGCUUGAUUUUCAGAGGAUUGUCAUUUGAGCCGACCGAACUCUUUUCUGCUCCAACUCAUGAUGGUUCUGGCUUCAAUUGCAGUUUUCCACUACCUCCGCCAGCUGAGUCGCUCUACUUUCCUCGGAAGACCAGUAAGAAAUUAACAUUUCUUUCAGAUAAUAAAGACGUUUUUCAGAUCCGUAAUCUUUGCGGUAACUUUGGUGGUUCCUUCGCUGUGGUUGUUGUCACUGGACUGUACCACAUCUUUUUCGAAGAAGUUCAUGUUUCGGUUGGUUUUCCUUAUCUUUACGCUCAUCAUAAUUGCUUUCAGAUGGUUGAAAUUCCCAUAGAUAUGGGACAUCAUCAUCCGAAUGGUCUUUUGGUGGUUCCAACCGACCUUCCAACCAUGAAAACCCUUCUAGUCUCCGCACUCGCUUCGUUGUUGCUUUUUGUGCUUCUGUUUGUGGAAACUGAAAUCCCACAGCAGAUGGCUCUUCGCGAAUCGAGAAAGUUGAAGAAGGGAGGAGGUCUGCACUGGGAUCUGAUCGUCGCCGGACUAUGCACAGUCGUCUGCUCCGUGAUGGGUCUUCCGUGGCAAUGCCCGGCCGCCGUUCAAUCCCUCGCUCACAUCAACGCUCUGACCAUCUUCAAAAAGACUGCUCCGGGAGAACCGAGCCGUAAGAAAAUUUCUCGUGAAUUGGUUUUUAAAUUAGUCUCACUGUGUUACAGGUGCUAGCCACGUCAACGAACAGCGUCUCUCCGGAAUUGCAGUCUACGCAAGUCUCGCCAUAUUCUCGGUUGCUGGACACUGGCUCGCCAUCCCAUCCGCCGCCAUCUUUGGUGUCUUUUUCUAUCUUGGAAUCCGCAAUUUGGGUGGAAAUCAGAUGUUGUACCGCUUCAAACUGUGGUUCCUUCCGGCCAAGUACCGUGGCCACCACAAAUAUCUGGACAUUGUAAGUUCCCUCGACUUUAAAUAAUGGGGGUUUGAAGCUCUGGUCGAGUGUUGACCGAUUCCUCUACAAUUUUCUGACUAGUAGCUUGUUUGUAAAGUUUGCUUUGAGAGAAGAAAAGCCACGUCCAAAAAACUUGAACUGGUUUCGCGCGCAGUUUGUCUUAAUUCUUUUCGUUUUGCCGUCCGAUUCCAAAAAUGACAUAGUUUUGUACAAACUUUGCGGAAGUUGAAUUUGAUCUAUUUACUGGUGGAAGGGAUGGUGCUGUAGGUGUCACUGCGUCACCGUGUCGACGUGUCUUCCUUUCUCAACGCAGAUACACAUACAACCAACCACGAGGCCGAUUGUUUAAUCAUCCUCGCGCGCUGUUGCUGCGAAAAGGGUUGUCCCGCUCACUUUUCAUUCGUCAGCAGCGCGACCGACAGAGAAAGAGGGAGAGAGAAUGAGUGCCUGGAAUCUCUUGAAAGGCUACACUUUUUCUCGAAUCUGGACAUUCUCUGAUGUGUGUUUGUGUGCGGACGGACGCACCCACACGUGUGGCGGGGCGGCCACGCACAUGUGCGCUUCACAUGGGGCGCUCGCGCCGACCUACAAUCGAUGCAAACACCUGUAGAAUCCGAUGUUGCGAAGAUUGAAUUUCUGACUUUUUCUGAUGAAAUACCAAACUGGGAUGAGAACUGUAAACAAGACCAUUAUAGUGUAGCAUGAAGAGAGAUAGCACAGAACAGUGGACUGUCAAACAAAAAACACACACACACAUUUCUCAGAUGCUUCUGACCCGUGCUCUUCGCUACUUACGUCAUUGGGAUUCCCAUUGAAACACGAGUAGUUUGGUCAUCUCUUUCUCUCGCUACUUUUGUAAGAACAUGACGAAUCGGAGAUCAAAUGGAUGAAGUUUCCCGUUGUUCCUGAACACUUUGAAGGCUCCGUCCCUCUGCUUUAUGCAUUUCAAACUAUCAUCUUAAAAACACGUGCCGCCAGUCCCUUCCCUGUUUACGACCAUUUUUUUGGAUCUUCGGCCGAUUUAUCAUGUGAAGAGCAUCUUUUCGCUGCAAAAUAAGAUUGCCGCUGCUGCCGUCAGAACUUGUUCUUUGUCCUGGUCGCCCCUCGCCAAGGAGAAAGUCAAUGGUCAAAUGUGUUGUUAUUAGCAGCGACGGAGAAGCACGUGCAGGAAAAGACCGAGAGAGAUGGUUAUCAUAUUGUGUAGUUGGUCGAAUGGGCUUCCUCCGGUCUCGCAUUUUUGCAUCAUCUGAAGUCACGUUGUCGUUCAAAUCGGGUUGGUCGACACUGACUUUGGUUGACAACCGAAGACUGCAACGAUGAUCAAUCGGAAAGGGGGUACAAAGUCAAAUGGAAUGGUGAUUUUCGUCUUACGAAUGUCACCCGCAGGUCUCUGUUAUCAGAGAGACGAAAGUUAUAGAGUGGGAAAGUUUAGACGCGAGCGGGUUCCCUCAUCACAUGAAACUCACAAGCGAUGAUCGAAAAUCUCGGAAGCUGUUUUGUGUCAGGGUUGUUUUACGGGAUCCCUCACAUGAUUUGCAUUCCCCUAGGGCCUCCGAAGAGCCACUUGACGAACAAGCCACUGUGGACCGUUUGGAAAGGUGUUUGGAAUGAAUGAAUGUGAAAUAGAAACUGCAAAGAAAAUAGUAAAUACAAUUUUUGUUUUUUUCAGGCUCCUUUCUACGUCACUGGAAUAUACACCUUCCUCCAGGUCACCAUCCUUGUGCUGAUGUUUGCCGCCAAGUCGACUCAAAGUGAGAUUAUACUUCUCUCCUCAAAAGCUAUUUCACAAUCAAAUCAAAAUUUUUUAGUCGGCGGUCUGUGCUUCCCGUUGAUGCUCGUCGCCUGCUCAUUCUUCGUCGCCAAAAUCCUUCCACUCAUUUUCACGAAGGAGCUGCUUGAAGCGGUAAGGUUUACAGUAGUCUUCUGCUUCCCAGUCCCCCUACAAAAAUACUGUGCAAUCCGCGUGCGGGCUUGUGUUUGUGUCUGUGACCCACCUCCUCCUCCCUAUAUUUAUCGAAAUGUUGACACUGGCGACCAAAACGCCGCGCCGCUGCGUCUGUGAGUCAUUGAGUAGUAAGAUGGAGGUGGUGGUGGUGGAAAUAAUUGAGGAAAGAAGGAAAGUGUACGAGUGUUUUGUCUGACUCAUCCAUGACCGAUUGCCAAACUCCGCACCGUCCCCCGCUCCGCGCCAGAUAGCAACGACGCACACUUUUGCACGCGUCUUUUGAAAGUUUCGUAAUAGAACAACAGAGACAGGGAAGAAAGUGAUAUCAGUGAUAUGAGUAGAAAAAAGACAGCGGCCGGCGGUACACGCGGUGUGAUAGUGUGUUUUUGAUCUACAAAACAAAAACGACUGAGAGCGAUGUUCAUCCUGGGUACACGCUUUCCGGUUGUUACCCGGCAAUAACACUUUCCCUGUCAAAUACUGUUGUGGUUUUUGAAUUCUGGAACACAGAACAAUGCGUAAUUGUCGUGUCAAAAUGAAAUAUGGAAUGAUUCAUUUGAAACCAUUCACUCGGAACAAACAUUGAGAACACUGAAAGGAUUACUGUAUCUGGUACAAAGUUUUCUAUAAUUUCAGCUUGACGGAGAAGACACUGGCGAAGGGGAAAAUGACAAUGAUGACGUGGAGAACCCGGUCGAUUUCUACUACAACACUCGCAUCCCAGUCUAA